AACCAGAAGAUUAGUUAUUACAAUAAUAACGAAACCAAAUUAACAACAACAGUUCAAUCACCCAAUUUUUUCAGUAUACAAUAUUUUGUAUUAACUAGUUUCCUCUUCAUCUAAUAUCCGUAAUCCACUACUCUAUUCCGUCGAGCAUUUUCUUCGAACGUCCCGCCUACAAUCUAAAAUUAACUGAAGAUCGUCGCCUACGCCAGCCAAGAAACCACUGCCAGUCAGUUUCAAGACAAACAGCCGAAGGCUCAUUCGUACGUCGUAAACGCACUGAGGGGAUGAAUAUUCGUCAUUCUUACUCAUAAGAAUUAAACCGUUAUCGAUUAACAGAAUUCAGUUCUUGUGUAUUCUCUUCCGCACGCCCUCUCAAGUAAUUUGGACCAAGUUCAGCGACAAUCUUAAUAAGUGAAAAUAUAUUCUGAUAUUUAAUUUUAGAACGGUAUUCGUAGGCACGGUACUGCUAAAUUAAAUUGCCAAAUUUUCAUUUCAUCCACCGCUGUAAUUUAUUCGUAUCGAUUCGAACUUACUUUCACUUUGUAAUAUGACAUAUACUGAAUUAUUUUUAUUGUAUUUAAAGUUGCUCACAUUUCUCUCUUCUUAGAGCGUCCUUUUACCCGAAUUAAAAUAGUGGUAUAACAUAUUUUUACAACCACAGACGCUUCGAUACUUCACUGACGACAGGAUGAUAUUUUGGCAUUUAAAUAUUUGUUCCAAACCAUGAAAAAUAGGGCAUAUAAAUGACAAUAAUCUUUUUUUUUAAUCCGUGUAAAAAAAUGAUUAAUUAUACGAGACGAUAUUCAUCUAUAAUUUUAUACCUACUACUUGGUGAAGUGUCACAAUUAAAUUGUAUAUUUUAAUUAAUUCAUGUGUUUAAUUAAAUAUCGUGCGUAAUUCUGAAUUAUCAUCUAGACUCCAGUUUUAUAAUUUAAAAAAUGUGUGAAAGACUCUUAUCAUGUCCACUUUGUUCCCAAGCAAGUUUUCCAAACUUGGACUCUCUCCGCGCUGGUCUAAUAAGCGUAGCUACGCGGCCUUUAAUUUGUCCAGUUUGCAACGAAGUUCUUCGCGGAAUUGAUAAACUAACCAUCCACUUAUUCGGCCAUACAAUCACAGCCAACAAUGGACAAGCUAAAAUCAUCGAUGCGGCAGCGGACGUGGGACCGGAUCAACCUUGGGCUCCAAGACCUUCAGCGGAAUUGGAUGAUGUUCAGACUACAAGAGAAAUUGAAAUAUCUACAGUACCUGGACUGCUUAACGAGGAACUUCCGGCUAAUCCAAUACCAAAUGAAAAAUUAAUACAAAGACCAGAAUUAACCAAGAAUAAUCAACUAGUCAAGACUAAUGAUUUGGUUGAGACCAAUCACGUUAUCUUUCUUCAAGAUUUAACGCAACUGCAUCAAGUUUGUGUUUUGAGUCAACCCGAAUGUAGCACAACAAACGUUAAUCUAUCCUGUCAAGGAAACCUUGAACAAUCACAACCAACUGGAACUGUUCAACUAGUUCAAGCUGUACAACCUGCUGAAAGCUUUAAAGCAGUUCAUGGUAGGCAAGAUCAGAAUACACAAUUUUCAUGUCCUAACGACACUGAUAACAGUACUUCCAUUGAGUAUCAACAGUCCAAUACGGUAGACCAGAAUAAUCCAACUGAAUAUCAAGAAACAUGGAUGGAAGCUUUAUCAACUUGUGCCAGAUCUCAAGAAUCUGUCGUGUGCCAGGAGGGUGAUACAAGAAAUAAUGAUCAGCAAGCGUCUACAGAGCCAGUGAAGCUUACGGAUGAAACGUCUGGGAAUCAUGCGAACGAAGAACGUGCGCUUCAAGUUACAGAGUCUCAAAGUAAUGAGAAUUCGCAAGACGCCACGAAGAAAACGAAUGUCCUACCACAACUUAAAGCCUUUUGUCUUAUCGCUACUAAGGAGAAAACCGAAAGAUGUAAUAUCUGUGGAUUCCACUUCCCUGAUCGGAAUAUUCUUCAACUUCACAAACAGCUGGUGCAUAUGAUUGAUGAGAAGGAUCUCAACAGCUCGUUGGAUGAUUUGAAAAAUUAUCCCUGUCACUUGUGCUCCAAGGUUUUCAAAAUGCGAGGCAGCCUUAUGGUUCACAUGAGAGUCGCCCAUACCGGAUAUAACUUAGGCUCCUUACGAAAAGAGGGCGAGACGAUACCGACUCUUGGUGAUAAUGGAUACAAUUGUCCAACGUGUGGAAAAAAUUUCAAAAAGGAACAACAUGUUACGCAACAUUUAAAAACGCACGAGGGCAAACAAUGGGAGUGCGACGUGUGUAGCAAGAUGUUUACGACAAAGUAUUUUUUGAAAAAGCAUAAACGACUUCAUUCUGGUGAAAUGCCUUAUAAGUGUAAUUUGUGCGACAAAACUUUUACCUUUCAACAAUCGUACCACAAGCAUCGACUUUAUCACAAGGAUGACAAGCCGCACUCCUGUAACACCUGUGGUAGAUCCUUCAAGGAACUCUCGACUCUUCAUAAUCAUGAGCGAAUACACACUGGAGAAAAGCCUUUUGCCUGUGAGACCUGUGGAAAAUGUUUUCGGCAGCGGGUUUCUUAUUUAGUUCAUCGUAGAAUUCACACAGGAGUGAUGCCCUAUAAAUGUACAGCGUGCGGAAAGAGUUUUCGAUACAAGGUUAGCCAACGAACCCACAAAUGCCCAGCACAACCACCUGGAACGGUAGUUCAUCAGACGGGAAAUCUCGUUAAUCGUUUGUUACAAAUAUCGCAACCGGAAUCAAGUGAAAUUUCACCAAAAGCUACUGAAGAUCAUCAAACUGCAAAUUUCGUUCCAACCGAGGAAAAUAAGUUUGUGCUGAUCUUAAACGAUCAGGGUCAGCAUAUUCUCACUCGACAAUCUGAUCUUGAGCAUAAUGGAAAAGACAAAAAGCAAAUUGCAUCAGACGAGUGUGAAGACGAAUCAUUAAGAUUUUCAGAACCGGGUGAAUUUAUUAAGAAUUUAUGGGGUCAUGAGAUAUCAAGUGCAACAACGCUGAAGGAGUCUAUAGAAAUUUCUUCCAAGGAUAGUCCACGAGGUUCUAAAUCGGACACUGACGACUUUUUAAAUAUGGUUGGUCUUGCUGAUAACGAUGCUGCUUCACCGUCAACAGAAAUGGAACAUUUGCGACUAUCGUCACCUGGAAGUCAUCAAGACAAUUUAAUAGAAACAUGUGAAAUUGGGACGUUCGGUCAAACCGAGCAGACCAACGUCCGUGAUGAUUAUUCUGACGUGAUUUCCACUAAUAUUAGUUGUACGUUACAUACUAUUAAUGAAGAAUCACUAAAGCAAUUAUUGUAUGGGACUGAUACCAGACAAUAGCAGUGAUAGAAUACAUUUAAAAGAAUGACAGGAUUUAUAUCUUUUAAAAAAGUAUUGAACAGGGUAAAAAGAAUGUGACAGUAUAUUUUAUUAUCAAUAUUUUUCGUUCAACAAAGAUUGUAUGUUGGUUAAUGGUCGUUCAUUAUCACUAAUGACACGACAUUUUAUGAUAAGUUUUACUUAUAUGUCGCAAUUAAUUUCCAGUUCUGCAACAGUAACACAUUUCAUAAUCAUUUAAAAAGAAAGAUUAGCAAAUUUAUAUUUUUUAAGUGGAAUAACAUAUUUUUUAAAUGAUUUUGUCUAAUUUUGAAAGGAAUUUUGAAGCGUCUAAACCACAAAUCCCGUAGCGAUAUGAUAACAGAUAAAAAUCAAGGAUAAUAGAAAAGCAAAGUUAUUUCCUGCUGGAAUGCUUAACUUCAAGAAGGAUUGGUAUAUAAGCCUCCCUGUGUUGGGCGCGUCGGGGUCAAUGCCCUGGAAAAGAAAUUCUUCCGUUGAUAACAGAGCUUAAAAUUGAGGAUUUAAGAAAAAAACACCUUGGAACACGAUAAUCGAAUACAAUACAAUGUUUAUGUCGAUAUGAUAUGCAGAAAAUUAAUGAAUACGUUGCUUAUAUUUACAAGAUUCCAAAUAUGGUCAUCAUCAUUACUCCAUUAGUAGAGAAUCGGACGCCAUUUGUCAAGAAGUCAUAUCGUCAUAAUCUUACGAAAUAAUAGAUUGAAUGGUAAAAUUAUCAAAGAACACAAUUGAAGUAUAAUGAUAUUAAUUAAAUAAUAAAAUGUUACCCGUUCAACUAACUAA